AACACUCAUCUCAGCCUCUCGAGCGACUGCCAGAGUUUCUUGAUGGCGAUAGGUAAUGCUGAUGUGUCAGAGUUGGAUGAUGGAAGCUGAAUAAGCUGCUCUGUAGCUUUUAAAGAACAAGAAAACAAAGAAGAAAGUAAAAACAGAGCUCACUGCAGAACAUUGCAAAAAUGGAUGAGUCCUUUGAUCCGCUCAAGUGCAAUGAGGACCUGCCUUUAUCACCUGGGUGCCAAAUGGAUUACGAUGACAUGCCAGACUUGCAGGAGGUAGAGGAAGACCAGAGGUCUCAGGGGUUAUUUCAGGUGGGAGCGGUGUCUCACCAGGAGCUCAGCACCUCGCCUAACACCAACUGGCUCGCUGAGUUGGCUGAUAUCGCCACCAGUCCUCAGAGCCCUCUCCUAAAGGACGCCCCACACAAGAGGUCAUCUCCAGUUCACAUCUUUGGCAACAGUAAUAGUUUACAUUCCUACGCCCGGCCCCCGUUAGCCAGCAGCGCACCCAACCCGUCCAGAGGUCACCUCAGGGAGCGCAGACGCACCAGGGCCAGCAGUGAAUCGGAGUCUGGGGUUUUCUCGAUGUCGUCAUCGUUUUCUGAUGACGAAGACAUGGUCUGGUCUCAUUCAUGGCCUUCCACAGCCUGGCAGUGCUUCCUGAAAGGAACUCGUCUGCGCUUCCAUCGAGGUCUUAACGUGGAGUGGCAGGAAGCUGAUGAACUGGGGGAUUCAGACGAUGAGUCGGAUGAUGACAGCAUGAUGUCUUCGGCAUUGUCUCUCAAGAGAUAUGGUUCAGAUGGACUUAAGCUGGUGAGUCAUGAAGAGACGAUCUCUUUUGGCCAGGCAGUUCUUAAACUGACCUUUGACCCAGGCUCGCCAGAUAAAGGGCUCCUUACAGCUGAGUGCCGACUGGAUCACCCAUUUUUUGUCAGAAACAAAGGGUGGUCUUCCUUCUAUCCAAGCCUCACCGUGGUGCACCAUGGGAUUCCUUGCUACGAGAUGCAGCUGGGAGACGUGUGCCUGCCUCCAAACCACCCAGAGGCUAUUAACUGUGAUGACUCGGUUGUCUUCGACACUUUCAGGAGCUAUGACUUCACCCCCCUGGAUUCCUCAGCCGUGUAUGUUCUCAGCAGCAUGGCUCGCCAGCGCAGGGCCUCCCUGUCCAGCGGGGGUGCCGUCAGUCCAGACUGUGAGAAACUGGAGCGCUCCAGCUCCCCACAAUCCUCCAGCAGCAAAUCAAACAGGAGCCACAACUCAGGGACAGCCACUGGUGCCACGCCUACAAAAUGCAAGCGGCCAAUGAACGCCUUCAUGCUUUUUGCCAAGAAGUACAGAGUGGAGUACACACAGAUGUAUCCUGGGAAGGACAACAGAGCCAUUAGCGUCAUCCUGGGGGACAAGUGGAAGAAGAUGAAAAGCGAGGAGAGGAGGAUGUACACCAUGGAGGCCAAAGCAUUGGCCGAAGAGCAGAAAAGACUCAAUCCAGACUGCUGGAAACGCAAACGAACCAACUCGGGUUCCCAGCAGACCUAGAGGAUCCUGCAGAAGUCCCAGCUGCUGGUGUUUCCGCAUGGAGCGGCGCAGAGCAGAGUCUGACGGACCGCUUCACGCCUCCUUCCCUCUCCUGUGUUCUUGAGACUCGACUGUGACGCUGAACUCACUUGCUUCUAUAACCUUGAAACAUUAUAGUGACAAAAACAGAUUUAUAAGAUGUAUACAGAAUAUGUAAUCUAGUCACUAACAGUGCAUAUAUUUUCUUAUAUCUUUAAUGUUAAAGAUGUCUUAUUCCCCCUUUAAAGCAGUAUGGAUUUGCUCAUCUGCUUCAGAUCAUGUCAUAUUCAUUGAUGGAAAAAAAAAACAAUUAAGAGCCUGUAGUGUUGUUCCUCAGCAUAGAAGGGGCAGCAAAUGUCUAUUUAUAAUUGUAAAAAGGGGAAUUUUAGAUAACUUUUUUUACAACGGUUCGUACUGAUAUUUUUUAGAGACAGUAUAUUGCACAGAUCGAUAACCCUUUCAUACAGUUUGUAUUACAGUGUAUACUCUGACGAUGAACGAUGGCCAACAGUUUAUGAACCUGCCACCCCUUCAGGCUUCAGGCUGCGGUGGUGGGUUUAAACUCAGUCACGAAGCACUUCAGGCCUCACUGUAAGUGCUUACUUCUUCUGCACUUUAUAUAAAUAAUGUAAUCUAAUCAUAUACAGCCAUUGUAUGCUGGUGGAAACGGUUUGUAUCAUCAAGUAUCAUGAUAGUUACCCAUUUGACACGAUCACGGGCCCCAGCAGCCGCGCUCUGCUUUCAGGUUGCUAUUGAAUUUUAAGUGCUUUGUUCAUUAUGUACAGGUUUCACAACACCACCAACCUCUUGCACAGAAUAUCCUUGUAUCAUAUUAUAAAUAUUUUUUUAAACUUC